GUGAACAUUGACUAUGAGUUGUAGUGUUGUCUGAAUUGAAACUUCCGUAUCCUUUCCUUUCGGUUUGUUUGUUGCCAUUCAAUACACACAAACAAAUAGAUAUACUCCGUAAAAGAUGGUAAAAAUGAAUAAAUUAGUGACUUCUUCGCGAAGGAAGAAUCGCAAGAAGCACUUCAACGCUCCGUCACAUAUCCGCCGAAGGAUAAUGUCUUCGCCGUUGAGUAAAGAGUUGCGACAGAAAUACGGAGUAAGAAGUAUUCCCAUCCGAAAGGACGACGAAGUCCAGGUGGUGCGCGGCCACUAUAAAGGCCAACAAGUGGGCAAAGUUGUCCAAUGCUACCGGGCCAAAUAUGUCAUCUAUAUUGAGCGCAUCCAACGAGAAAAAGCUAACGGCGCCAGCGUUUAUGUCGGCAUUCAUCCAUCAAAGGUGGUAAUUGUUAAGCUGAAGAUGGAUAAGGACCGCAAGAAAAUAUUGGAAAGAAGAGCAAAGGGCCGACAACUGACCGACGGAAAGCUGAAGGGAAAGCAUACCGAAGAGUCGGUAGCGAUGGAGUCUUCUUAAUCCAUGUUUUUUUGGACAUCAAAUUUGAUUUAUUAUUUUGAAUUAUUUGUUUUGUCGUAAAUUAAAUAAUAAAAAGCGAUAAAUUUAAAUAAC